UCAGUAGAAAUAAAUAUAACCUCAUUAAGGUUCCAAAGAAGAAAUUUUAAUUAUCAGUAUUUAGUUUUUAAAACAAAAAUGUCUUCAUUUGAGAUGGACGAUCAUUCCCGUACUAUAAUUCAUAUCGACUUAGAUUGUUUUUACGCCCAAGUGGAAAUGAAUAAAAACUCCAACCUCCAAACGGUUCCACUAGGAGUUCAGCAGAAAAACAUUGUCGUCACGAGCAAUUACAAAGCGCGUGAAUUUGGUAUAAAAAAGUGUAUGUUAAUCUCUGAAGCGAAAAAAUUGUGCCCUAAUCUCGUCCUAGUCAACGGCGAGGAUUUACACGACUAUCGUCAAACUUCAUACAAAGUGACCAAUUUGCUGCAAAAAUACACAUCUCUAGUGGAACGCCUAGGCCUCGAUGAGAAUUACCUGGACGUGACAACUCUAAUAAACGAGAAAUUAAAGCAAAAAAGUGAUUUAAAACUUGUGGGGAAUGUAUUUGGGGACACAAGUGAUAAGUGUGAGUGUGGGUGUACUGAACGUCUAAUAAUUGGCACAACAGUGGCACAGGAAAUCCGGGAUGUUAUUAAAUCAGAACUCAAUCUUACGUCUUGUGCAGGAAUCGCACAUAACAAACUUUUAGCAAAAAUAGCAGGAGCACGACAUAAACCAGACCAACAAACUGUUGUUUUCCCAAAUAGCGCUUUAGAGCUAAUUCUGAGCCUGAAAUCACCAAAUAAUAUCCCAGGGAUCGGCAGGGCUAUGUUUGAACAAAUGAAAUGUAUCGGAAUUGAAACAAUCGAAGAAUUGCAAAGUGUUGAUUUAAAGCGACUUGAAACGGUUUUAGGACAAGAUAAAGCUAAACUAGUCUAUGAGUUAAGUCUUGGUAUCGACCAAAGUGUAGUCAAGCCGACAGGAAAGCCCCAAAGUAUUGGUUUAGAAGACAGCUGUAGGUCGAUAUCUGUGGAGAAAGAAGUGCGAAAAAAAUUAGAACAAUUGCUAAGCCGGCUUUUGCUUCUAGUGGAAGAGGACGGCCGUGUCCCCAAAACCAUAAAACUGACAGUCAGGAAGUACAACAAAGACAACAAAAUGAGCCACAGAGAGACCCGCCAAUGCAACAUCAACCCCUCAAUCUUCGCCUCAAACCAACCAAACAAAGAAAGCAAAAUCAUGACCACUAUAAUGCACCUUUUCAACCGAAUAAUCGACGUGAAGAAACCCUACCACAUCACCUUGCUCGGCCUCUCCUUCACGAAAUUCCAAGAGCCCCCCAAGAACACUCUUGCUUCGUUUUUGCGCAAGGAUCUUGAAGUUCAGUCUGUGCUCAGCAUCGAAAACCAGAAUGGGGUUGAGGAAGCCGAGAGUCCGGUUCCUUCUACCUCAAGCUUGGUUUUAGCCGGCGGGGAAUCACCCACACCGUCACCGAAAAAGUUAAAAUUGACUAAUCUGGUGUCGAAGAAACGCUGUUUUGAGGAUUAUUACGAGGAUUGCGAGAGCCCCUCGAAAUUGAAGGUUGCUGAUUUGUGUCUGGAUUCGGUCUCGUGUCCCCCUGACGCUGAUAAGGAAGUGUUCAAGGAAUUGCCGAAGGAGGUGCAGAAGGAGUUGUGGGACGAUUAUAGCAGGAGGAGGGCGAGUGAAAUGAAUUUUUGCAGCAGUCAAGUGAAGAAAACCAAACCCAAUACCUUGCUUAAUUAUUUCAUCAGGAAUAACUAAUGUUUGGUUUUGUAUAUUUUUCCAUUAAAUAUGUUUUAAUAAAAUAAAAAAUAC